UGGAGAUGCCGUCAGCUGGAAGGGACGCAUUCAUGUAGCAGCCUGUAACAGCCCGUGUUACCGGCUCAACAUGGGGGGUUGUGCCGGACCAAGCUGUAAAAACACGACAGAGAAAGGUUUUCGUCUGUUCCGCUUUCCCUCGGAGCCGCAAAGACGGCGAACAUGGAUCGAGAAUGCACGGCGUGGUGGACCGUGUAACAUCACAAAGAACAGCCGGCUUUGCGAGUCACAUUUUGGAAAGGACCAGUUUGAGCAAAAUCGAGCUGACAAGUGGAAUAAGCUCAAGCCAACAGCAGUGCCAACCAUUUUUGGUCCAACUAGAGCAAAGCCACAGCGAGGUCCCCUCACACCAGUACAUCAAAACUGUCAGACUCCUGAGAGCCUUGAGCAGGUGUCACCAUACACCGAACAACAGUCCCCAAAGCCUCCAGCGGAAAGCAGAGACGAGAACAGUCCUCCAUCAAGCGCAUCCAUGGCCCACACCUCAGCACAAAACACGGUGGGCACAGUUUUAUUUCAUAGUGAAAUUUCUACGGUGCAGGGUCUGCUGUCUCUCUCUUCCUGUCUUUUGCAGAGCAGCAAGCCGCACGUGUGUCCCAGUGGUGACCAGACAUGCACAGCUGAAGGCAGAACACUGGAUGUUGGAACGGGUCUGGAGCCAAUGAUGACGAGGAAGUUUGAAAUAGAGGUUGGAAGUGCUGCAGCAGAGACACCUGUAACAAAGGUGCCAGAGCACAACCAAGGGCAAGCUAAAAGCUCUGCUGCUUACAGCCUCGAACCUGUCUCAAGUGAUGUAAACCGUGGCACAGCUGCAGAGGAGUGUGACCCCUCAGUAACUUGCAAGGACACGGUGCCGUCCCCACUUGACCUCAGUGCAUGCAGCACAUCACAGGAGGUCACUAGCAAAGAAAUGGUGCCGUCCCCACUAGACCUCAGUGCAUGCGGCACAUCACAGGAGGUCACUAGCAAAGAAAUGGACGUGGAACUCCUGGGGACUGCAUGCGACGAUGAUGUUUGUAGUAUCCCUUCAGUUGAGGUGCCGUCCCCACUUGACCUCAGUGCAUGCAGCACAUCACAGAGAUGCGACAUUUCCGUAAGCUGCAGUGAAACGACCCUUUCAAGCACUGAAAAAGAACAGCUUUUGGAGCGUAUAAAGUGGCUGGAACGUGCUCACCGAAGAGACCAAAAAAAGAUCAGGGCCUUGGAACAGCAGAAAGAAAUCUUCCACGAGCAUCUCUCAGACAUGUUCAAUUCGGACCAGCUGUCUGCCAUCUCCAGGCACAGCAACCGUGGAAGCAAGUGGCCUGAGAGUACCAUUAAGAAGGCAUUGCAGCUACACUUCUCCUGUGGAAGCAGCGGGUAUGACGACAUCCUGGAACAGAAACUCCCAUACCCUUCUGCAAGAACGCUGAGACGAAGAGUUGAAGGCAUCAAGUUCCAGCCUGGUGUACUGCACGAGGUGUUUGAGCUGCUGCAGGCUAAAGUCCCUGCCCUUGGACCCCAGGAACGAUGCUCAGAAGCUCGAGUAUGA